AGUGCACUUCUCAAUUCUCGCGAAGGUUCGAGAUUUCAGAAAAACCGGCAUUAUUGCUUCAUCAUAAACACAACAACUGAGAAAAAAUGACGGGGACGGUCCGAAUGGUGACUGAGGAUUCACAGUUCCAACCGGAACUAGCGAACGCCGGGACGAAGCUCGUGGUUGUGGACUAUUACGCCACAUGGUGUGGACCCUGUCGUAGAAUUGCCCCUGUGUAUGGGGAGCUGAGCCUUAAGUACCCCAAUGUUGUCUUCUUGAAAGUCGAUGUGGACCAGUGUCAGGAAACAGCUCAAAGUCAAGGAGUCACAGCCAUGCCUACUUUCAUUUUCUACAAAAACAAAGUAAAAGUAGACGAGAUGAAGGGGGCCGAUGCUGCCGCUCUGGAGGAGAAGAUCAAGCGCCUGAUGGGUGAUGGAGAGGAGGGAGCAGAUGAGGUCACGGUAAAGGGACAUAUGGACCUAGCCUCAAUGAUCAACAAGUCCGGCUGUGAGUGUCUGAACGAGUCAGACGAACACACACUGAGUCACGCACUCACCACAAAGGGAGGCUACCUGGAGUCCGACUGUGAUGAGCAGUUACUUAUCAGUGUGGAGUUUACACAGAGUGUAAAGUUGCAUUCCCUGAAGCUUUACGCCCCAGAAGAGAACGGGCCAAAGAUGGUGAAGAUCUUCCAGAACGUUCCCCGAGCCCUGGACUUUGAUCAGGCGGAGAGUAACGAGGCAGUACAAAUACUAGAACUAACCCCAGCUGACUUGAAGGAGGGCACCCUAAUCCCACUACGUUAUGUCAAGUUCCAGAACGUAGGAAAUGUCACCGUGUUCAUCAAGGACAACCAGACCGGGGCGGAGACUACACAGAUUGAUUAUAUAGGAUUCGUAGGAUCCCCGCUAGACACCACCAAUAUGUCGGAAUUCAAACGGGUUGCUGGUAAAAAGGGAGAGAGUCACUGACACAGAGGAAAUCCUAGGUUACAGAAUUACAGUGGGACGUUUAUAUUGAUGGGGGAGGGGCAGGUUCUGAAUUGUGGCAGGGGCGGGUCGUACAUCAACAGGAGAAUAUGACAUUCAACAACACUGAGAUAUUCAUGUAGUUGUGCUUCAAGUGGCUAAAUAUUUUUUACAUGUACUCUACAAACAAGACAGCACAUACACUGUUUUGGGUUGGAGUUUCGAAGUUUUCCCAUCAUGCAAUUGUUUUGUAUGAAAUUAUGUCAUGCCUUUGGAAAAUGCCAUACUGUUCAUUUGUUCAAUUGUACAGCCAUCCUCAGUUUGUAUACACAUUAAUUUGAUUUUAUAUCUUGACUUUGUUUCUUGAAUGGGUUAUAAGCUGUAUAUUGUGUACAUCUGUAUAAGGGUUAGGUAAAACUAACUUCCAAAAGUAAGAAUUACAUGCAUGCCUUGUCAGUAAAUGUGAUUUACAAACAAACAUGGCUUUUCUAAAGUUGUGCAAUUCUUAAUGUUCUGUUCUUGAUGUGCAAAUGAGAAUUUAAAUUAUUUUAAUAAACACUUGAAAAAAAAUUUUUUUUGCUGAAUGAAUU